AUGUUGGGAUAUCUCGAUUCAAGAUUAAAGCAAAUUUUCAAAACUACUCAACCAUUUGGUGGUAUGUCGAUUUUGGUAUUCGGAGAUCUGAAACAACUUCCACCUGUUGGAGAUAAAUGGAUUUUUAGCUCAAAUUCUUCAAAUCCAUAUGGAACCAUUGUUGGAGGUGCAUUGUUAGACUUAUUCAGAUUUUAUGAAUUAACGGAAAUAAUGCGACAAAGGGAAGAUUUAAGUUUUGCAGAAGCUUUAAAUAAUAUGGCUGUGGGACAAAUGACAACAGAAAAUAUUGAACUUAUUCAAUUCAGAGUUGUCAAUUCUAGUGAUAAUAUACCAUCCGAUGCAAUUCAUCUUUUUGUAUCUAAUGCAGAAGCUGAACUUCAUAAUAAUUUAAGGUUAAGCAGAAUAACAACCGAAGAAUUUACCUUACCGCGAAACCCAACUAAACUUUGGAUGCUUUUCUCAGAAGAAAACGUUGGUGUUGAAGCUCGGCGAAAGAAACCUCAUGCUACGGAACCACUUUGCACUCCUGUUGAAAAGUAUGUAAGAACCUUCCAAUACAAUCAGAAUCGUCAAAUUACUAUUGAGAGAAAACAAUUUCAUUUAGUGGUAGCAGAAGGUAUCACUAUACACAAAAGUUAA